AUGUCUGAGGAAGCCAGCCCAGGAAGCGGCGUAGCGAAAAAGUUUUUAGAGCGCGAGAAAGCGCUUCCCAAUGAGACCAACCUAAAUUGGGAUGAGAGUAAAGCCAGAAUUUCUCUGCACACAGUCUCCUCGAAGAGAGGCCACGGAUCUCCAGACGACGAUCUAAGCCUUCUCCACCCAGACACCGAGAAGCAGGAACAUGCCCAAAAGAAAAAACAAUCGCCAGAUAGUAAAACAGGGACAGAGCUAUCAGCGAGCGUUCGCCAAAUUCAACUUAAGCACAAGGGAACCUAUUGGGUUGAACUAAGGGUGGAGGUGCUCGGAAGCGAUGGGAAACCGAACAAGGGGUACAACGGCGGUGUGGUUGCAUCCCUUGUCUUUGCCGAUGAGGCGGAUCCGCAGCGUAGCAACAAAAAAGCGAUUUCGCAUGAUGUAGUAAAACGUUCCAGAGAAAGAGCUGUUAGAAUAGCAUCAAAGGUAGCUGUCGACGGCGUGGCUAUUCUUCAUUUCAGCCCCCCAUUCGAUGGAAACUACAGUUUUAGUAUUACGUGCGGAGGGUGCAAGGACAAGAUCAACACAGAAAAACAUUACUUCGUGGCGGGAACCCAUGCAGCAUUGCGAAUCGUAACCCAGCCGUCGGGGGCAAAAAGCGGCACUGUCCUUGAACAGCAGCCUGCUGUGCAGAUCCAGGACAGAAAUGGACUGCCAAUACACGAAUCCAUCAUCGUCAAGGCUACAGUUGUCCCUCAUAAUGGGGAAGACCACGAAAUAUCUUCAAUGCCUUAUUGGACUUUAAAAACAAACAAAAAUGGAUACGCGCGUGCUGACGGUAUCAGCGUUAAUCGGGCGGGAGAACAUGUAAUUCACUUUACGGCUACGUUAUGGGGUGACACUGUCCUCCACGCGUCGUCGGCGCCGUUUGAAAUAGUUCCUGGCCCAGCGGUCGCAUCUGCAUUCUCGUUGAAGCCGCCUUCCCGUGUUCUUGUCCGUGAGCCCUUUAGUGUUGUGUUGAGUAUCGUGGAUUCCCAAGGCAAUGAAACAACAAAUCCUCCUGAACUUUAUAGGGGAGGCACACCGUUAGAGGUUCACUUACAUGCUUUCGACGAAGCUGGCAAGAAAGUCAUGCUGAAUGGCCAGGCGACCUGCACACUGUGCAAGGAAGGCAAUGCCGACUCGUCAGCUACGGUAGAUGUCGUUUCAGUCUCGCGGGUGCACAUAUACCCACUACCCUUGUUGGUCGAGCCUCGCACCGAAGAUAAUUCUGGAGGUUCCCUGCCUAAGGAAGGCUGGGGACAACUGCGGAUAUCCCUUAAGGCAGAAGAUUGGAUGUUGGGUGCACCUCAGAAGCCAGUAUGGGUGGCAGUGCGGGAUAUUAGUCUAUUCGCCCCUCUAAGUGGCUUGACCCCGGAGGACGGAGCAAAAUACCUAAGGGUUGAGCCAACGCGUUUGUUGUUUUCUGUAGAUGCCGCAACAGCUGUCCAGACAUUUUACGUCCAGCCUUGGAGUCCUGGAGUGGUUGUAGGCAGUGAAGGCCUUUCUCAGCCCCUAGCUGGUAUAUUUAUUGCUGCCUUCUCCAUCACAUUCGAUGUAUUUUCUGAUGACCCAUCUUGGAACUCAGAAGCUGUGGUAUUUGAUAUCCCCUCUCCGGCGCUUUUACGUGGAACCGGCUUAAUACACAAUUCUGGGCCUAAGAAUGUUACAGUGUAUACUAAGGAUAGCGACAUGUAUGAGGUUUUGGCAUCCUUCCCCAAGCAGCAACUUGUUCGGGAGGGAGAAGAGAUCACAUACACACUUCGCCUUUCUGUGCCUCCCCUACAAAGCGAAGUGGUGACUGUCCGCAUUAUUGGCGAUCAAGGUGCACAAUAUUCUGUGCAACCAGAGACAUUGCACUUUAGUGCGGGCAACUGGCAAGAAGAGCAAACAGUCGUUUUAAAGGUUGACCAGGACGACUUUGCUCCGGCUGAGAACGAAUUUUUACUGAAGGGGAGUGUAACUGGCAGUGCCCUUCGAACGGUGCUGCUACGGCAUGAGCUCUUCAGCACUGAAGCCCUCAAUUACUGGCGUAUGAGGGGUGGAGCUGAAGUGACCUUUUCGGUAUGGGAUGAUGACAUUGCAGGGGUGGAGUGGCAUACCAGUACACAUGAACUCAUUGAAAAAGAUGAGCUCAAACUGGCAUUUCGAUUAAGAUCCCGGCCACUUGCUGACGUCCGCCUAGAGCUGCUGUGCGAGGGCAUGGAAGUUACGUCACAGGAUCAAAAAUCGCUUACUCGUGACAAUACAUCGACACACGUGGAUUCCAGUGUCAGCAACGAACUGAGGAGGGUCACGGUGGCACCAACUGAAUGGCGGACGCAACGCAGCUUUACUCUCCAGCUCCAGAACGGCAUAGAUGAGUCUAUUGGCGUCUUGGGUGACCACCCCCCGGGAUUAUCAAAUGUGGACGACUGGACAGAGUGGCACAUGCAUUUUGUGAUAUCUUGCUCAGAGGCAGAUAGUGCAAUAUUCCAGACUGUGUGCAUUUUAAAAGCCUUUUCAAAAGAUAAAAACUACAACACAGGUAGAGCUAAUGCAUACUACACAACACAAAAAGCUGCGCUGCUUGAAAUGCAUGCUAUCAACUAUGCUGGCAAUCAAACUGCUGAGUGCUUAUCCUGCCCGCCUGGCCAUGAAUGCCCAGAUCCAAGAGAGCCUCCUAAACGAUGCCCUACGGACUAUAUGUCCCUUGGCGGACUUGUGGCAUGUUUUCCAUGUCCAAGAGGAUUCAUAUGCCCUGAGGGAACGGCGGUCCCAAGACAGCUGAAAUCAGGCUUCUACCACGGUAUAAGCUUGCCGGGCUAUAUUAGUGGAAUAGAAGCUAGUGAAUGUUCAGCCUGCCCCGCGGGCUUUAUGUGCAAGACUACUCGAGCUGUGGACAUAGAGCCUUGCCCGAAAGGAUCUUACAGUUUGAAAGGGGAAGAAACAUGCCGGCCCUGUCCUGCUGGAUUUGCAUGCGCAAGCCCACAAUGGCGUACACCUGAUGAUUUGCUUGAAGUCGCAUACAUGGAAGGUGAGGGUAGCGGAGAUAGCUUUACGUUGAACAGAAGAGAAGAAAACUUGGACUCUCAUUCCUUCAUUGAGCAAAUGGAUGUGGAACUACUGCUCCCCUGCAGUGUGGGGUAUCACUCAAGUGAAGGUGAGGCAGACUGUGUGCCGUGUGGUGGACCAGUCGCAUGUCCUACAUCUUCCACCAGGGAGCAUUGUUUCGUCCCCUUUACUGUAGCUCUACCUGAUAACCCAACGGAAUGCGUCCCGUGCCCCGCAGGCCACUCCUGCAGUAAAGGUGCAGUGGAGAGAUGCCCGGACUUCCACUAUGCCAGAUUAGGGGACGGACUCUGCCGACUAUGCAAAGGCGGUUAUUUGUGCAAAGGCGGUGCAGACGCUCCGGAUGAGGGCGAGCUAGUUCCGGUCGGAUACUACCGGUCUGACCAUGAUACAAGUGCACAUCCCUGCCCAAAUGGCACUCUGGGAUUAGUGGCUGGAGCAACUAGCGUACAGAGCUGUUCCCCUUGUCCUGCUGGGUAUACUUGCGAGCGGACGGAUAACGGAGGGGAGUAUACAAGAACGGUGGCAAGGAGCUGCCCUAAAGGCCACGUUUGCAUUCCAGAUGCUGUCCCGUGUCCCGUUAAGGCAGCACUAGCUGCUUUAGCAGAUGUAAAUUUUGGGCUUUGUCCCGUAAGUUCUGCUUGGAUACAGCGUUUUACCAAUGUGAAAGCUUUAAUGUAG